GUGUGGAGCCUGACCAACAUUUUUGGCGCGCCGCACAGCCUUCAGCGCCCGCCUGGCGAGCGUGAUGACCUGGCGCCACCUCAGCGCCCGCUGCCGCCCGUGCUGGCCUCGGGCCCCUCUGCCUGGUUCUACUUCAACCUCCUCGUGGCACAGUCCCAGAUCUUUGUGCCCGUGUAUGAUGUGGCUGAGGCGCAGGAGAUGAGCAGCCAGCUGUGGAACAUGCCAGACCUGGUGCAGAAGAGCGGGUUUGAGCGGGUGGCUGACAUGGCGCUGGCGUUUGCUGUGCUGGGCGAAGUGGAUGACAAGGACGAGCGGCUGGCGCUGGAGGAGCGUGGCCUCGCGCUGAGCGCCACCGCGCUGCGCUUCGCUUAUAGCUACGGCGGCGAUGGGGAGACAAACAUCAAGGUCGACCUGCGAGACACGGCGGCGUUUGUGCGGGACCCGUCAGCCCGCGUCAACUGCGCCAUGCUGCCCUUCUCCUGCAAGGUGGAUGUGGGGACCAAGGUGCCGCGCGCGGCGGAGCAGGGCGAGGUGGAGCGGCUGCACCGCGGCGCAACGCUGAUCCAGCGCUGCUGGCGCCGCCACGUCGCGCGCGCGUCCAUGGCGGCGGCCACGGGCGGCGCGCCCACGGGCGCCGCCCCCGCGGCGGCGGCGGUGCUGGCGGGGCUGGGGCGCGGGCGGGGGCCCCGCCGCCUCGACUCCAUGCUGGCGGCUGUGGACACUGUGGAAGCGGGGGACACCUACG